AUGAGUUGGCUCGUCUGGAACGUGCGUGGGCUUGGGAACCUGCGCACAUCCCGAGAGCUCGAGGUAGUCACUCAAGCACAAGUCCCCUCUGCCUUGUUUUUGGCCGAAACGUGGGUAGGUGAAGCUAGGCUACGUCGUUUAUGCAAUGAGUUGAAGUUUGAUCACUGUUGGAUCAGUCCAAGCGCCGGUAAGACUGGUUGUUUGGCUUUGUUCUGGAAAAAAUCUCUUACGAUCGAAGUGAUGUCUUGUUCGCCGAACCACAUCGAUGCGUCUGUUGGGAAAAGAUCAGAGUCCCAAUGGCGUUUCUCCGGUGUUUAUGGGUUUGCCGACAAGGCCAGGAAGCACGAGACUUGGUCCCUUCUCCGUGAUCUCCACCGGCGAUCCCUUUUGCCGUGGAUGUGCGCCGGAGAUUUCAAUGAGAUUCUCUGGUCCCAUGAGAAGCUUGGUUUGGGUGCUAGACAAGAAGGAAUGAUGAAGGACUUCAGAGACGCUUUGGACGUUUGUGGGCUUAUGGACCUCGGUUUCGUGGGGGAUAAAUUCACCUGGCGAGGCAAACGCGUUGGCGGUUUGGUCCUUGAAAGGUUGGAUAGGGCGGUGGCGGACAAUGCUUGGUUCUCUCUUUUCCCCGGCACCAAGGUUCAACACCUCCGCACCCAUUCCUCCGACCACAAAGCCAUUCUGAUCAAGCUGGAAGGUAUUUCUCCCCAUCCUGAUCGCCCUUUUAAAUUUGAGCAGAUGUGGCUUAGUGAGGAAGGGUGUAGCAAAACCGUUACCUUGGCUUGGGGGCCUACUUCGUUGAAUGCCUCUAUGGUGCAUAUUGCCACAAAGAUCAGAGUGUGUGGUGAGAAGCUCCUGGAUUGGAGCCGGAAUUCUUUUGGCAGUGUUAGGAAGCAACUUGAAGCAAAAGGCAAGCAACUCUCCAAGGCUGAGUCUAAUGUUGCUAGGGGUUAUCUUGAUUACGAAGUGGUUAAAGUCCUAAGAGCUGACCUCAAUGAUCUUUUAGACAAAGAGAGUAAAAUGUGGCAGCAGAGGUCCAGAGCUCUUUUCCUUAAAUGUGGGGACUGGAACACAAGUUUCUUCCAUAGUAAGGCCUCUCAUAGAUGCAGAAGGAACAAAAUCUCUGGCCUUAAGAACUCUGUCAAUUCUUGGUGCUCGGAGAGCAGCGAGAUCAAAGAGAUAGCCUUUGAAUACUAUCGCACAUUAUUCACUUCUUCCCAACCUUCUGACUUCUCAGCUGUAUUGGAGGCGGUUCAAUCCUCUGUCUCUGAAGACAUGAAUACUCGCCUCCUUAGGCCCUUCACCAGAGCAGAAGUUGAUACAGCGAUAAAAGAGAUGAAGCCCAUCACAGCCCCAGGCCCCGACGGUAUGCCUCCCCUUUUUUAUCAGUCUUUUUGGUCGUUAAUUGGCGAUGAUAUCUGUGCUGCUGUGCUUGAUUGUCUAAACAACUGUAAAAUCCCUAAGGAAAUAAACUGUACAAACAUUACCUUGAUCCCUAAAGUUAAAUCCCCUGAAUUCAUUACUGAUUUCAGGCCAAUUAGCCUGUGUAAUGUAGUAUACAAAAUUGUUGCUAAGGUCCUAGCAAAUAGAUUGAAAGCUAUCCUCCCUCAUGUGAUAUCUGAAAACCAAAGUGCCUUCCAAGCUGGCAGGGUUAUUACAGACAACAUCCUCAUGGCUUUUGAAACCUUGCAUUACAUGAAACACCAUCAAAAGGGUAAGUCGGGGUUUAUGGCUUUGAAGUUAGACAUGAGCAAAGCCUACGAUCGAGUGGAAUGGAUUUUCCUAGGGAGUAUCAUGAAAAGAAUGGGUUUUGAUGUCAAGUGGGUUAAUCUAAUCAUGGAAUGCAUUUCGACUGUCACUUAUUCUGUUCUUAUUAAUGGUGAGCCUACCCAAGUGAUCCAUCCCUCUAGAGGUUUACGUCAAGGGGACCCUUUGUCGCCUUACUUAUUCCUUUUGUGCUCUGAGGGUCUCCAUUUUCUGCUCCAGAGGGCAGCGGAAGCCAGGCAGAUUCGAGGUGUAUCCAUCUGCAAAAAGGGCCCUCGAUUGACUCACCUUUUUUUCGCGGAUGAUAGCUUGAUUUUCUGUAAAGCCUCGCUUGUUGAAUGCCAAAAAAUCCAAGACCUUUUGGAAUGCUAUGAAAGAGCUUCCGGUCAAAAGCUGAACCGGAACAAGACCGGCCUCUUUUUCAGCAAAUCUACCCCUUCCAACAUUCUGGACCAGAUCAAAUCUUCGCUUGGUGUGCAGGAGAUUAAGCAAUUUGAGCGCUAUCUCGGCCUUCCCUCACUAGUUGGGAGGAAGAAGAAAGCUAGCUUGCUCUAUAUUAAGGAAAAAGUAGCAGCUAAACUCCAAGGUUGGAAAGAACAACUCCUUUCCCAAGCCGGUAGGGAAGUUCUCCUCAAAUCUGUGAUUCAGGCGAUCCCAACCUUUGCUAUGAGCUGCUUCAAACUCCCCCUCACUCUCCUCUCCGAUAUUGAGGCUUUAAUUAGAAAUUUCUGGUGGGGUCAAAGGGGGAAUCAAAGAAAGAUACACUGGUCUAAGUGGAAAACUCUGUGCCAGCCAAAAAGUUUAGGAGGGCUGGGUUUUAAGGAGCUCCAGAAAUUCAAUGUUGCCAUGCUGGCAAAGCAGGUCUGGCGACUAGCGGACAACCCAACCUCUUUGUUUCAUAGAUUCUUUAAGGAAAAGUUCUUCCCAAAUGGCUCCAUUUUUGAUGCUAAAGAGGGUAACGGCUCUUUUGCUUGGAAGAGCAUCUUAAAAGGCAGAGACAUUAUCAGCAAAGGGCUGCAAUGGAGGGUGGGGAAUGGUGCCUUAAUCCGGAUCUACCAUGAUAGAUGGCUCCCCGAUCCUUUCAACAAGAAAAUAGUGUCCCCUAGUGACUUCCUCGGCUUGGAUGCCCAGGUGGCUGUCCUAAUUGAUAAAGAGAGGAGGUGUUGGCUUCGGGAAGCUAUUGACAACAUUUUCAUGCCUCAUGAGGCAGCCAUUAUUAAAUCCAUCCCCCUCAGCAUUUGUGAUUGUGAAGAUAGGUUGUUCUGGCCUCACUCUCCGGAUGGCAAAUACACUAUUUGUUCGGCUUACAGACUCCUUAUGGAUGAAGAGUUGAGUGACUCCCCCUCUCCAUCUGAUUUAACCCCUACCAAGAAAAUUUGGAAGGGCAUUUGGAGUCUUCAUGUUCCGAACAGAGUUAAGACCUUGAUCUGGAGAGCGGGCUCAGAUUCUCUCCCCUCUAAGGCCAAUCUUGUAAAACGUAAAGUGCUUGUUGAUGACACUUGUCCCGGCUGUAAUAGGGAGAGCGAAACCUCCUUUCACGCCCUUUGGUCCUGCACUGAAUUAACUUCAGUUUGGGAGGGCACCUUUGGCUGGUUAAAGAGGCUCUCCAAAGAUUGCAACUCUUUUUUGGAUGUCUUUCAGCUUUGUCUUUCUCACAAGGACCUUGUUGACUUGUUUGCCAUGACUGUGUCUCAGAUUUGGACACGCAGGAAUCAACUUAGAGUUGGUGAAAGUUCAGCCCCUCUGAGUAAACUACUCUCCUUAGCCUCGGACAACCUGCUGGAAUUUCAAAGAGCUUCGGCUGAAAUCCCAGCAGCCAAAAAGGUUCUCUCCAGCGCCAAAUGGCUCCCCCCUCCUUUGGGCUGGUUCAAGGUGAACUUCGAUGGGGCUACUUUCAAGGAGAAAUGCCUAGCCGGUAUAGGCUGCAUCAUUCGAAACGACAAAGGUCUUGUAAUGGCUGCCUUUACACAAGUUAUUCCGCUGCCUACAUCUGUAGAGAUGGUGGAAGUGUUGGUAGCGCGCAGCGCCAUUGGUUUUGCGCAAGAACUUCGUUUUGAUCAGAUUAUUUUGGAGGGCGAUUCAGAAACUUGCAUUAAUGCGCUAUCCAAAGUAGGUUGGGAGUCUUCAAGCUUCGGACACAUCAUCAAGGAUAUCAAUUUCUCCGCUUCAGCUUUUAGGAGUUUAUCCUUUAGUCACACCCGCAGGCUAGGGAACAUAGUUGCCCAUAAACUAGCAAGAUUAGCUUGUAAUUUUCCUUUUUUUCAUGCUUGGAUGGAAGACAUCCCCCCUAAUAUUGCCUCUGUGUAUGCCUCUGAGUUGCAGUAA